AUGUUCUUUGAUCGCGAGUCAACAGUAGUUAUCACGAAACUACAUAACUUGUCCGAAUCAGUAUUAACUUCUUAUUGUCAAAAGUUUGGUACAGUUCUUCGAUGUUUUAUUAAAUCGUCCUCACAAACACCAAAGAAAGACCUUUAUGCUUUAGUGAAAUUUGCCGAAGUAUCCAGUGUCACUUCUAUCAUCAGUCAUCGUAAUCACAUUAUCAAUGGUACUCACGUAGCUAUGCGCUUUUAUCAUGAAGAUCGUCCCAACUCAUCAUCAUCAUCGUCAUCAUCUCGUACACCCGCGACGCCAAAUCUAAUGCCAAUCAGUCAACAAAAGCAGAAUUCUCCAAACAAUCCAGCCGCUCCCUCUUACGAGCAAUUAGUUCAAGAAAAUCAAGCUUUGAAGCAUGACAUAGCCAACCUUCAAAAGUCUCUAGUCGAAGCCCAGACAUAUUCGAGGACGGCCUAUGAUACCUUUCAAGUUCUACGCGAAAAAUUCGAAGCAGAGCAAGCAUUAACAAACAAAUUAAAACAAGAGCAUGCAGUUUCAGUUGAAUCCUAUGAAACUCGAUUGAAACAAUUAUCUGAAACAUCGACAACGAUACCAAAAGAUAAAAUCAAAGAUGAGCCCAUUGAUUGCCACAAUCAAGAAAAUCGACAUGCCAAUCAUUUACUUGAAAUUCAAAUCGUGAAAGAUUGUCUCGAACAAGCACAAAUUGAUUUAGGUAAAUGCCAAACAGAAAACGCCAUAUUGAACGCAAAACUUAGUUCUCGCGAGCAGCACUUCGAAGCCAAAUACAAAGAGUUGAAUGAUCAAUACCAACUGAUGAAGAGGAAGUUCGAACAUAUCUCCUCGUGUGUGAAAGACUUUCAUAUGAAACUAUAUCCAAGAAAACGAUUCAAAGCCGAAUCCAAAGAAGAACGAUCUUCUCAACCCAUGGACGAUUCCAACGACGAUGUCGUGGAAAUCGUUAUGCAAGUAGAUGCGCCAUCAUGUGAAAAAGAAUAG